AUGACGACGAUAUAUGCGCCCACGUCGAGCACCGCGUAUUCCGCGUACUGUCGUGUGUGUUUUGCUCCUGUCGCUUCUCCGUCCGCCGUCUUGGCAGUCCGCGAACAGACGCAUCGACGAAAACGUCUGCCGCCGACCAUGACCCGCGGGCCGAUCGCGGUCCCCGUCGUGCCGUCCAUACCGUUCAUACCGUCCCCGUCCCCGUCCCCGUCCGCGUCGUCGUCGUGGUCGUCGUCGUCGUCGUCGUCGUCGUCGUCGUCGUGGUCGUCGUGGUCGUCGUUGUCGUCGUUGUCGUUGUUGUUAUUGUUGUUGUUGUCGUCGACGUGCGCCGCCGGGUCGACCGCCGUCGGGCUGCUGCGGCCGGUGGAGAUCCGCGCGGCCGUCAUACUGCCCGCCGACCCGAAGUUCAUCAUCACGCUGUCCAAGGUGAUGCCCGUGCUGGACAUCGCCGUCCGCGACCUGUACGCCAGGGGCAUACUCCGGGAGACGGACGUGACGUUCAGGUUCAUGCAAAAGGACGACAAGUGCGAGGACAUCGAGGCCAUGCGCUCCGGUUUCGAGCUGAUCAUCAACGGCCGGGUCGACCUGUUCCUGGGACCCACUUGCGACUACGGCGUCGAUCUCGUUGCCAGGAUGAUAAAGUUUUGGAAUGCACCAUUGCUCACGACGGGUGGUUUUACAAAUGAUUUUUCAUUGGACAAACGAGAUCCAAAAAGCAAGUACUUCCUUUUAGUACGUACAGGCAUGUUAGAUUUCCAGGACAUAGCGGAUGUGGUGGUCAGCGUUUUAAAUAGGGGUUUUUCAGAUAUUUGUGGAAAAAUGUAUUACUCAUAUACGACAUUGAUGGCUAUUGGAGAGUGUCUGGAAAGCAAUCUUGUGGAUUGAUGACAAAGACUCUAGUAGAGAUGUUCAAAGGAAAUGCAAGUAUUAGGUACGAUGCAUUCGACUUGGCGAAAAACCCGCAAAAC